UGCUCUGAGAUGCCUCAGAUACUGAGGAGAACCAGAGGAGUAGACUGAAAGAAUGGCUCAUGAUAGAACAUCUUCUAUGAGAAGUUCUUGGAAAAUAGACAAAAAGCAUCAUAUAGAUGAAGAUAUGGGCUUUGCUCUACCAAAUCCAAAGGAGGAUCUACCUCACCCUUAUGAUGCCUGGAUUCAAAUAGCAAAAAAUCUGCCUAGAUUGAUUGAUGAUGGCCAGCUGCGAGCAGAAGUUGAAAAGCUACAAGAACUUAGCAUUGAAGGUCUCCAAGGGCACAAAUCAGAGCGCCUUGCACAUUUGGCUCUUGGAUAUAUCGUCAUGGCAUAUGUGUGGAAUAAAGGUGGUGAAGAUGUCUGCAAGGUCUUGCCACACAAUAUUGCUAUUCCUUACUGCAAACUCUCUGAGAAGCUGGGGCUUCCUCCUAUUCUAGUUUAUGCAGACUGUGUCUUGGCAAACUGGAAGAAAAAGGAUCCCAGUGGGCCCAUGACUUAUAACAAUAUGGAAAUUUUGUUCUCAUUUCCUGGUGGAGACUGUGGUAAAGGAUUCUUCCUGGUUUCUCUGUUGGUAGAAACAGCAGCUGCUUCUGCAAUCAAAGUUAUUCCCACUAUAUUUGAAGCAAUGAAAUGUCGGGACCUGGAUUCUUUGCAAAUGGCACUGAGUGAUGUAGCUUCUUGUCUCAACCAAGCCCUCCAAGUAUUUCGUCAAAUUUAUGUAUAUGUGGACCCAGGAAAGUUUUUCAAUGUUCUUCGCAUUUACUUAUCUGGCUGGAAAGGCAAUCCACAGCUGCCAGAUGGUCUGAUCUAUGAAGGUGUGUGGGACACGCCAAAGAAGUUUGCUGGGGGCAGUGCAGCCCAGAGCAGCAUAUUUCAGUGCUUUGAUGUUCUUCUGGGUAUCCAACAACGUACUGGUGGAGAAUCUGCUGAAUUUCUCAAGGAAAUGAGAACAUAUAUGCCACCAGCUCAUCAGGAAUUUCUCCAUUCAUUAGAAUCAAGCCCCUCUCUCCGUGAGUUUGUCUGUUCAGAAGGUAAUGCUAACCUGCAGGAUGCCUACAAUAAGUGUGUGAAUGCCAUGGUCUCCUUGAGAAACUACCAUUUGGUUGUAGUAGAUAAUUAUAUUGUGAAACCAGCACGUGAGAAGUCUCAGCAGAACCAAGCAUCUAAGGAACCAUCAGAAAAGGAAAACAAAGGAACUGGAGGCACUGAUAUCAAGACUUUCCUAAUGGAUGUAAAAUCUACAACUGCAAAGCACCUGCUGUAAGAUUAGUGUGAUCCAACAAGGAUACAUUAUGUCAAUCAAUACAAAGAUGUCAGCAAACGUUAGUAUCACUAUAUAUAAAGUCAAACAUACUGAUCAUCGAUGUGCAACAACUUCUUCAUAUCAAUAGCAUUAUAAAAUAUCUCAAAAUAUUUUCUUAUAUUUCUCCUUUUUUGUUAGAAAAUUAUAAAAAUAAAUUAUAUCUGAAGCUUUAUAAUGUAUAUCUUACAUUUUAAAAUAAAUGAUAGAUUUCAA